ACCACCAAAUGGCUCGCCAAUACUUGAGUGCACCCACCACCACCCACCAGGGCAGCAUCGUGAGCUGUCAGAAAUUGGCUGCUGCUCUCUUGAUCUGUGAAAAGCCGAGAGCCUGGAAAAGACUUUCGACUCGCAGCAGCUGGGCUGGCUGCAUUUCGUGUUAUUCCGCCAAAGUGUAAAGUCUUCGUGGCUCAGAGCCCAAGCGUAGCAAAAAAUUCAAAAAGCUACUAAUCAAAAAAAAAAAAAGGAAAAAGAAAUUCACAAAUUUGUUGCGAAAAUGCUUUAGAUCAAAAGCAAAUAGGAAAAUCAAAAGGAACGCAAACCCAAUUGGACAUUAAUCAAAAUGAAUCGUCUGCUGCUGCAGUGUCUGGUGGCCACCAUUCUGGUGUACAAAGUGAGUUCCGUGCCGACCAGCACAACUGGCACCAGUGUGCAGACCACCACAGAGAUACCCCAGCAGGACGACGAUGACGAUGAUUGGGAUGAGGACGAUGACUCGCUGGAAUCCGACGAUGACGGCAGGGUGUACAAGAAUCCACGCAACUCCCCAUCCACCGAGUGUCCCAGGGAUGAGGAGCAGGCCACGCUGCUGGGCCAGAAGUGCUUGAGAAAAUGCUCCUCGGACGAGGACUGCAAGAGCAAGAAGAAGAAGUGCCUGUGCGACGGCGUCUGCGGCAAUUCGUGCAUCAAGCCCGAUCGCGAGUGCCCCGAGCUGGCUCAACCCACGCUGGGUCAGGUCACCGUGGCUGGACGGCACUUUGGUGCUCGUGCCUCCUAUGCCUGUCCCCAUGGCUAUCAUGUGGUGGGCCUGCAGAGUCGUCUGUGCCAGGCCGAUGGCAACUGGGCGGGCGCGGAGCCAGCCUGCAAGCAGAACAUCUACUGCCUGAAGCCGCAGCAGAUCGAGCAUGCCAGAAACUCGGCGCUGCCCGAGCAGGAGACAUUCGACCUGGACUCGACGGUGCAGUACCACUGCCACACGGGCUAUGUGACCAAUGGCUUUCCGCGGGCCAAGUGUCUGGCCAUAGACAACCAGGCCAGCUGGUACGGACCCGAUAUACAGUGUGAACCACGCUCGUGUGGCCAGCCACCGGAUCCGGCGUAUGGCUGGCAUGCCGGCGAAUGCUAUACGUACGGCUGCAAGAUCACCUACAACUGUGGCACCGGCUACGAGCUGGUGGGCAAGCACGAGCGCUACUGCCAGUCGGAUGGCUCGUGGACGCCCAAGGAGCUGCCGACGUGUGUCUUGGUGACCUCUGUGGUGUGCCCCACGCCGGAGAAUCCCAAGAAUGGCAAGGCCACCUACACCACGCUGGCGUACAAUUCGGUGGUCAGCUACGAGUGCCGCUACGGCUACACCCUGGUCGGCGAGAGCUCCAGCCGCUGCGGCGCCGAUCGCAAGUGGAGCGGCACCCUGCCCACCUGCAAGGAGAUCAAUUGCGGACAUCCCGGCGUCCUGUACAACGGCUGGAUCGAGAACAUUGAGGCGGGCACUGGCCUCGGCGCCAGCAUCAUCUUCCGCUGCCAGCCCGAGAUGAUGAUCAAUGGCUUGGGCUCGAGCGUCUGCCAGAUCGAUGGACGCUGGCGCAACGCCCUGCCCGAGUGUUUGGCUCCCUGCGUGGUGCCCACCAUAUCCCAGGGCUAUGUCAUUCCCAUCGAAAUAACCGUAGACGAGAACGGAACGACAAUUGUGACGCCCAACGUGACCACAACCACCCAGUCGCCCGCCCAAAGCCUGGGCGUGGGUGUGGAGAAGGUCAAGCACGGCACGGCGCUGGAGGUGAUGUGCGAUGAGAACUACGAGUUUCCCGUCUCGCUGCUGAGUCCGCCGACCUGCAACAAUGGCACGUGGAGCAUCAUACCGCGCUGCAUACCGGCCCGCUGCAAGAGCAUGCCGCGUCCACCCAAGCACGGCAUGGUGAUGGCGCCCAAAACGGAGCACGGCAUGAAGGCGCGGUUCAAGUGCAAGGAUGGCUUCAAGCUGGUCAGUCCCGAGGGCAAGGAUGUCACCGAUCCGCACGACUAUGUGCUCACCUGUUCCUUUGGCAAUUGGACGGGUGAGACGCCCAAAUGUGAUGAGGUCUUCUGCUCGUUUCCCGGCUACAUACCCAACGGCAAGGUGCUGCUGGUGGGCAACAUGGGCCUCUACGACUACCGGCCGUACGUCAAGAAGAUUGUCAACAACAAGCAGAUCAUGUACGACUGCGACAAGGGAUAUGUGCUCGAGGUUGGUCCGCCGGGUGCCACCUGCGUGGCUGGUAAAUGGCGUCCCCUGGAUCUGCCGCAGUGUCUGCUGGGCCAGCAUCCGCGGCUCCGCUGGAAUCGCCGGCGACGUCGCUCGCUGCAGCUGCGUCAACUGAGAUCCGUCUAUCUGCUGCAACGCCAGCGACAGCUGCAACGCGAACUGGCGGAACACCAGAGCCAGAGCCACAUGGAGGGAACUUCAGCACAUCGUGUAAAGCGCAGCCCCAAUCCAAAUCCCAAAGCACAUGCAAAUGCCCAUCCGCAUCCCACGGACCUGGAUCUGGCCUAUUCCAAAUACUAUCAAACGAUCAAGGAGCGCUAUCAGCGCUAUGUGCGCAAAAUGCUCGGCCACAAUAGGAUCUAUCAGCGGCUGCACGCGCACGAUGGACUCUGGUACAACAGUCAGAACACUCCCAACACUCCCAACAGUCAGAACAGUCCCAACAGCCCGGAGAUGGUCAUGAUGCGCGGCAAGACGACGCACAAGUGGCACAGUGGCCCUCACGAGGCCGAGGACUUUGAGCAUCGAAACGAUUAUCGUACGGGCGGAGUGGUGCCGCUGCCCAACAUCAAUCAGAGCUCGCGUAGCCACACCCAGUCCAUGGAUCUGAGCUCCAAUGAGGCACCGCUGGCCAAUGGGUCACCGCCACGGAUGGCGGCGCGGCAGCUCCGCCCCAACACGACACUCUCCUUCAUCGAGCAGCUCAAGUCACAGAUCGUGGGACGGCGUCGAAAGCGCAGCACGGCCAGUGGCACGGGCUCAGCGGGCUCCGGUUCGUCCGCCACGCUGCCCGACGCCGAUGUGGACACCAGUGACGGCGGCGAGGCUGGCAAGGGUGCGGGCGGUAAGCGUAUUCGCGGACCCUGCGAGGAUCUUGACUGGGAUUCGUUUGCCAACAUCACGACGGUGCGGCCGGGCAAGGUGCCGGGCCGGAAUUCCGUGGGCAUAAUGCUGCAGCUGGAGUGCAAUGCGGGCUUCAAGCUGAACAUCAAGGGGGGCGAGAAUGCGACGGCCCGCUGCAUACGCGGCAUCUGGAAGCCGGAGACGCCCAGGUGCAUGUCGGCACCGUGCCUGGUGCCGGCCGUGGAGCACGGCCAGUACUACAAGGUGGAGCCGCACACGAAGCAGCUGAGCGACAAGCCAUCGCUGACGCCGCUGUCCACCUACGAGGAGAUCCAGUCCAAUGAGUUCGUGACGCUCGAGUGCGAGGAUGGCUUCAACAUACAGGGCUUGGCCCAGCUGCGCUGUGCUCACGGCUCCUGGUCGGUGGCUGCGUUCUCCGAGUGCACCUCCGUGCCCUGCACACUGCCCAACAUUCCGGGCGUCAUCUACGAUGGCGGUUACCGUGCCGGCCUCACCAUCGGCCAUGGCGGCACGGUGAGCGUGCGGUGUGAGCUCUCCACCAAUGCCAAUCCCAUUGAGAUGUCCUGCCACAAGGGCGUCCUCACGCCACCCAGCAUACCCUGCGAGUCUGGCAUGCGCCGCUCCCGCGAGGAGCUCGAGCAUGCAACGCCCACGCCAGCGCAUCCCAAGCUGGAGCACAACGAGCUGGACAACGAUCACGACCAUCACGACAACAACACGGACCACGACGACGAUGACCUGAAGAUGUGUGGCCCGCCGAUGCUAACCGAUGGCGCCCUGGUCUACAAGAAUACGGACAUGCAUGCGGACAUCGAUGGGGUCUACGAGAGCGGCACAGAGAUCUUCUUCAAUUGCAUACCAAAUGCGGCUGGCGAUCGGCAGACAUGGCGCAUCAUCUGCGACAACGGACUGUGGAUAGGCCGAUCCUACAACUGCGAGAACGGCACGUGCGUGUUCAAGAACAAUGAGGCGAAUGUGGUCAGUUUCUAUAAUGAUUUGGAGAUACGUGAAGAUGUCGUGGACUUUCCCCCGGGAGCCACCAUCAUCUCCAGGUGUGUCGACAUUGGCAAGUUCUCGAUGACCGGCAGCCACGAGCGCACCUGCAUCCAUUCGGAGUGGACAAACACAAAGCCCGUGUGCGCAGGCCUCAAUCAGGAAAACGAUUAUGCGAUGGAGAAGGCGCCCACCAUUCUGUUCCGCCACCAGAACGGACCCAUUGCCCAGAGCAACGAUGGCAAACUGAUUGUCUAUCCGGGCACCACGCUGCACAUGGAGUGCCUGUGGAUGCGACGCUUCGGCAAUCCCAAGUGGAAUGUCAGUCACGUGCACAAAAACUACACGGAGGGCUGGGUGACAGAGGCAGAUGCGGGUCGCGACUCGUCGCUGGAGUAUCGUCUGAGUAUACUGGAUGCCGGGCACGAUGACACUGGAUUCUACUCGUGCAUGACACCGGCGCGGCACGAGCACGCCGUGGAGGUGGUGGUGAAGGCGAUCAACUGCCCGGAGAUACCGAUACGAAGGGGCCUGAUCGUGAACACGAACGACACGAAGCUGAGCACACGCGUGCUGUUGUCCUGUUCGAAUGGCAACUCGUUGAUUGGCGCAUCGGAGCUGUUUUGCUUGCCGAGUGGCAAUUGGAGCGCACCGUUGCCGGUUUGCGAGAGCGUCGAGUGCGGAGAUAUACCGCUGCCGAACAAUGUGAGCUCGCCGCGCGUCUCCGUGCUGUCGCGGGAGGUGGGCGGACGUGCGGCGUUCUCGUGCUCGUCGGGUUAUGGGUUGCGCGGCCCCUCGGAGGCCAUCUGUAACCCGACGGGCGAAUGGUCGUCGCCAUUCCCCACAUGUGUUGAGGUGCAGUGCGAUAAUCCCGGUGCGCCGCAAAACGGUUACGCCCAGGGCUCGGCACCUUAUCGUGCCGGCGAUGUGGUCCAAUUCAAUUGCAACCCGGAGUACAUGAUGCAAGGUCAGCCAAUAAUUGCGUGUCAGGAUAACGGCCGCUGGUCGGGCGGUCUCCCCAAGUGCGUGCAGGCCUGUUCGUAUCCGGGCACCGUCAUCAGCGGACGCAUGUCCUCUGUCAAGUUCUACUACGCCAUCGGCGAGAGCAUCACCUUCACCUGUGACGCCGGCCUCGAGCUGCGCGGCUCCAAGGUGCUCAAGUGCAUGAAGAACGGCAAGUGGUCGAGCGCCAUACCCACGUGCGUCACCAAUGACGCACCGCCGCCCGGCACUGUUGGCUCCAACAAGCAUGUGUCCAACACCAUGGGUUGAGCGUGGGAAUUGGAUUAUCGUUCUCCGUUCUGCACCACAACGAAGCAGCCGUCAAGAAGGUGAAGCAGUCGUCAAGCAGAUGAAGCAGUCGUCAAGCAGGUGAAGCAGUCGUCAAGCAUGUGAAGCAGCGGAGAAGAGCGCUGCCGUUUAGUAAGUUAUCGAGUUAAAUCAAAGUGAUACUAAUACAUAUGUACUAACUAUAACUAACUAAUGCACAUUCAAGGCUCACAGUCUCACGCGUAUACUAAACUAAACCAACUUACUAAACUAAUACACUGACAUUCUUGCGAUUUCAAAUUUAAUUGUAAUUGGUAAUUGCCUAACAGUCAUCAUUUUACUAUUAAUAAAUGUUCGUCGAAUAAACAGUUCUACACGAGUGGUGCUCGGGUUUUAAAUUAAA